ACAACUCACAACUCAAUCAAGAUAUGACUGUGGGAUUGGUGGAGUUUAACCAAAAGCAAAAACACUUUGGAAACAAGAAGCGCUCUUGGGUUGGGACACAGCCACAAUGUGGCAAAGACUUUCGAGUUGUUCACACCUGAAAAUCUGAUGCGUGUGUGUAUGUAUAUAGCAAACCAACAAACAACCUCUGCGCUGCGCUUCAAAAUCCCAACCCUCAAUCUCUCUCCAAUGCCCAUUGGCAUUCAAAACCUCAAAGAUAGAACACAUCAUCACAAGUAGAAGAAACGGACGCCGCGCAGUGAAGUGGAGCGCUGUCCUCACUUCCGCCGGUCUCAUCGCCUCUGAUUAUCAAAGUAAUUCUAUAAUAUUAUUUAAGAACAUUAGCAUUGAAGAGCUUCUCCAGGGAUGAAUUUGCCCAGAACUAGAGUACAACCAAGGACUAAUAGAUCUGUGUCUUUAGGAGGUAUGGAUUAUGUAGAACCAAAGAAACGAAGCAACUUUUUGGGGAAAAUUUUCAUGGCUGCUGUCAUGACAGCAUUGUGUAUCCUCAUGCUCAAGCAGUCACCUACUUUCAAUCCCUCAAGCCCUUUUGCGUGUCACGAACCAGGUGUUACUCAUGUCUUAGUUACUGGAGGCGCUGGGUAUAUUGGUUCCCAUGCUGCAUUACGGCUUCUAAAGGAUUCUUAUCGUGUGACUAUUGUGGAUAACCUUUCACGGGGAAACCUAGGUGCUAUAAAGAUCUUGCAAGAACUAUUUCCAGAGCAAGGAAGGCUUCAGUUUAUAUUGGCUGAUCUCGGUGACGCAAAAAUGGUUCAGAAGAUAUUUUCCGAAAAUGCUUUUGAUGCAGUGAUGCAUUUUGCAGCUGUAGCAUAUGUUGGAGAGAGCACGCUUCAUCCUCUAAGGUAUUACCACAACAUUACAUCCAAUACCCUUGUUGUAUUAGAGGCAAUGGCAGCGCACAAAGUCCCGACUUUUAUUUAUUCAAGCACAUGUGCAACCUAUGGAGAGCCGGAAAUUAUGCCUAUAACUGAAGAAACUCCACAGCUUCCAAUCAAUCCAUAUGGGAAAGCCAAGAAGAUGGCCGAGGAUAUCAUUCUUGAUUUCCACAAGAACUCAAAUAUGGCUGUCAUGAUUUUGAGAUACUUCAAUGUGAUUGGUUCUGACCCAGAGGGAAGAUUGGGAGAAGCCCCGCGCCCAGAGCUUCGUGAACAUGGGCGGAUAUCGGGCGCUUGUUUUGAUGCUGCUCGUGGAAUCAUCCCUGGUCUAAAGGUUAGAGGAACAGAUUAUAAGACAGGUGACGGGACAUGCAUAAGGGAUUACAUUGAUGUAACUGAUCUGGUUGAUGCUCAUGUAAAAGCUCUGGAGAAAGCAACCCCUGGGAAAGUUGGGAUCUAUAACGUGGGGACUGGAAUGGGGAAAUCAGUGAAGGAGUUUGUGGAGGCUUGCAAGAAAGCAACUGGAGUGCCCAUUAAGGUCGACUACCUUCCCCGUCGUCCUGGUGAUUAUGCACAAGUGUACAGCGACCCGACCAAAAUCAGGAAGGAGUUGAACUGGACAGCCAAACAUACUGAUCUUCAAGAGAGUCUGCAGAUGGCUUGGAGAUGGCAGAAGUCUCAUCUUAACGGCUAUGGCUCAUCCUCUCAGCCAAUGUCAGCUCCCUCCUGAUGAUGCCGCCACAUUCAUCAACUGUGAUGAUGAGAGAGACAGUUACAGGACCACCUUCCCCUCCCGCCCACAUACACAUACACAAAACAGGCUUAUCCCCCCCAGUACUAUAGUGUUUAUCUAGAGGUAGAUGAUUUAUGAGGCAGGUCAUGGAGGGGUCUGACUUUUUUAUAUUUUUUAUUAUUUUUUCCUUCCACGGCUAGAUUGAUCAUAUAGCCAGUGUAUGCCGCCCAGAAGCUUAUUUAUGCACUUUAUGUAUGUAUGUAUUUAAUAAUAAGGUGAGCUCGGUCUGGUUCUUUGCCUUGCCCUCUUAU